AAUAUCACUAUUAUUCCAAAGCUGUCUCGAGGUUUCGCCUCGCCAGCGUCGGUUAAGGUUCCCAUAACUCUUCAUGGCAUUGAUGGCCGAUAUGCAACAGCUCUAUUUUCAGCAGCUGCCAAAACGGAUAAUCUUAAUAACGUUGAGUUAGAACUUAAGCAAGUCAAAUCAGCGAUUAAAAAAGAUGCCAAAAUCAACAAUUUCCUUGAAGAUCCUUCUUUAAAUCGUAACCAGAAGAAAUUAGGCGUUCAAGAAUUUUUGAAGCAAGGAAAAUAUUGUGAUAUCACAAAAAGUUUCUUUCAGGUUUUGGCAGAGAACGGAAGGCUUAAUGAAACUAUAAAGAUUGUUGACGCAUAUACAUCAUUGAUGGCAGCUCAUCGUGGAGAGAUCCUUGUCACAAUAAUCACUGCAAAGGAACUCGAGCCAAAACUUUCGGAUAAACUUAAAGCUUCACUUAGCAAGAGCAAAUUUGUGAAGCCAAAUCAAAAACUUCUAAUUGAAAACAAAAUCAAUCCAUCAAUUUUAGGUGGAUUGGUGAUCGAAGUUGGUGAAGAUCAAACUAUUGAUCUGUCAAUUGCAUCCAAAAUCGCUAAACUUAAUAAGCUAUUAACAG